CCCGCGCCGGUAGUCUGUGUCAAAUUAAAAGUCAUGUCAAAAGGAAAAGAAGAAAACAAAUCACAUUUUCGCGUGAGGAUAUCGUGCAGGUCAGCGACUGUAAAACUCGGUACUUUUUUGCGCAGCUCCUAUAAUUCGGCUCGCGAAAAAAACAAUGAAAGACUAUGGAGUUUAUAGACGAAACGUCGCUUAGGAUAUCAGGCUCUCUUUUGUAUUUUUAACUUGUUUACGUCGAGGCGCUCGAGUUGCAGCCGAGAGGAGACACGAUCUCCAGAUCACCUGACGCGAGCCAGGUGAGCCGCACGCGGAUAGAUGGCUGGAUGGCUGGGGAAGGACGGACGCCGGCUGCUUUCUAGUCUAGUCUAGUGUGUGUGUGUGUGUGUGUGUGCGUGCGUGUGUGCGUGUGUUUGUGUGUGUUUGUUUGUGUGUGGUGUGGGGAUCAACGCUCGUCUCCUGUUACACCGCUGCGCCUCAUCCUCCCCCCUCACCCCCCCCCCCCUUGUCUCCCUCCUCCCAUGAGCGGGUGGAUGCCAGAGCCUGUGGUUUUGGUCGCUGAGAGGACUCCAUGUCUUUCUUGGACUGUUCCUGCAUCUCUCACACUCAAGUCCAGACCCUGGACACAGAGGAGCACUAUGAGGACAUCAGCCGCCAGUUCCUGAGCUCCGUGUCUGAAUACACCCUGCAAGGGCCGGCAGGUGGCGAUGACAUCACGGGGCUGUCAGCUGAGCCGGCUCACUACCAGCUGCUGUCGGAGCUGGGGAGGGGCUUCAACAACCUGAGCCAGGUGAACAUGGCGCGCCACGUCCCGACCGGCCGGCCGGUGGCCGUCAAACAAACCAACCUGGACGAGUGCACGGAGGAGGAGCUGCUGCAGCUCAUGAACGAGGUCCUGCUGUCCAAGGUGUUCCGCCACCCCAACCUGCUGACCUCUCGCCUGGUUUUCAGCUCCUGCUGCCGGCUUUGGGUCCUCGCGCCGCUCAUGGCCUACGGCUCUGCGGACACCUUACUGCGAACAUAUUUCCCAGAUGGAAUGAGUGAAUCCCUGAUCGCGUACCUACUGUACGGCGCGCUGAAAGCUUUGGAAUACCUGCACCGGAUGGGCUACGUUCACCGGGGGGUGAAGGCCAGUCAUAUCCUGCUGUCUGGGGAGGGGCGCGUCUACCUCUCGGGGCUCCACAGUGUUUACGGCAUGAUGCGCGAGGGUAAGAGGGUGAGGGCGGUGUUCGACAUGCCCCACCACAGCCCCGCCCUGUUGCCCUGGCUCAGCCCCGAACUCCUGCGACAGGACCUGCACGGCUACGGAGUGAAGUCGGAUAUAUACAGUCUCGGUAUCGUGGCCUGUGAGCUGGUCAGCGGCAGAGUGCCUUUCCAGGAAAUGGCCCCCACUCAGAUGUUGCUUCAGAAGCUGCGUGGCUCCCACUGCUGCCUGCUGGAUGUGGUUCCCUUCCCGCUGGGCGCGCUGGGGGGACUGAAGGUGUCGCGGUCCGGGGUGGACUCCGGCAUCGGGGAGAGCGUGGCCACCGGGAGCAUGACGCACAGCGCCACCGCUCCUCCCGCCGACCGACCUCAGAGCCCCGCCCCUAAGAACCACUCGGUCACCCUGCACAACCUGGUCCAGCUGUGCCUGCAGCAGCAGCCUGAGCGCAGGCCGUCCGCAUCGACACUGUUGAGACACGCCUUCUUCAAGCAGGUGAAGAGGCACACCAGAGGCAGCUUCCUCAACCUCAUGUACCCAGCGGUGCCCCUCAGCAGCCCAGAGGACCCUCCGGUACCCAGCCCCCCCGACCCGUCCUGCCACACUCCGGUGUCGGCCUCCGCCGAGGCCGCGUGGGACUUCUCCUAACCCCACGGCCUCCGCCCCCAGAAUCUACAAACCCAAAGACAAUCAAAGCAAUAAGGCCAAAUCCUACUGUGCUUUUAUUUUGUAUUAUUAGCCUUUCUUUAUUUUUUAAAAUAGCUUCGUAGUGGUUGUUUUUCUAAAUCUGUUUGUCUGAUGCAUACAGACAGAGCCUGUCAGAAAGUGCUCGAUCAAAGAUGCCACUCUGGAAUGCAUAUGAACGAUCCAUGAUGAAGAUGACGAUGAUAACAAUGGAGCGGCACAAAAGAACAAUCCGUUGAUUUAUAAUCGCACACUUCUUCUCCGAUGUAUGCAACUACGAGUUAAAGGAAAAGUCCACCCCUGAAUUACUUUAGUUAAAAACAUCCAUUUGUGAGAAACGCAUGCCCUUAUUCUUCUUCAUAUUUUCUCGGGCGACGGUCCCCGUUGUCCCGGUUCGUAAAGUAUUCUGAAACAUGGAGGAUCUCGUUAACUGAAUCUGAAUACAUCAGAAAGUUACAUCCUAAAAUAACCCCCGAGGCGCAAGUGACUAUGCGAGGGUGGUGUUUUUCCCUUGACUGUGUUUUAAUGUGUUCAGACUAUGAAUAUUAAUACUGAGGGACAAGAGAUCAUAUUUACAACCCGCGUGCAGAUAUAGCGUAUUCUCCCGCCACCACCAGGGGGCACUGUGUCAACAGGAAGUUUUCCGAGUUGUAAUGAGUCCAACAUAUUACACAGAAUUAUUGAAUUCUUAGAAAAUGAAUAUCUUGUAUAUGGGUAUUUCAAUUAGAACAUAACUAAAGUUAGUUUGCUCCAACUUGAGGCUUUAUUACCAAAAUAUUUAGAAAAUUUCCCACGAUCAAAAAUGUAAAUGUUGUUUUUUGCUUUAUGUUAGAACAUAUAUGCACACAGUGUUUUACCAGAUGUAUCGUCCUUUAAAAAGACGGGAAUAUUCAGAUAAACUAAAGCUAGUUUCCCACGUAGAAGUUAGAAACGAUCCGUUCCAGCGAGUCGUCCCAAGAGAAUAUUUCCACUGUGACCUCUCCAGCGAUGCCUUCCUGUGUUCAUGGAACCUGCAUUCUGAAUACGUGAUCCCUCUGUGACUGUGAUGAAGUGUACUAUGUAUGAGAACUGUGUCUACACUACGUAUCGAACAUGGUAGCCGAAUGAGCCUUUUAUUUAUAUUUAUAUAUAUAAAUGUUAUAUAUGAAUAUACAACAUUUGAUUUCUAAACUU